GUUGAUAUCAGAGUAAAUAUUAAUAAAAUUAUUUUUUAAAUCAGCGUAGCCAGCUGUGAUACUUGUCACAGUACCUUUUGACAGUCAGCGAUGAGCUAUGAAUGACGUCGAAAAUUUUAGUCAAUCAGUCGUCAAAAUGGCGUUAAUCAUGCCGUUUGUGUCGGUCGCGGUGACUAUACUUUACACGCCGUUCCUUCUUCUCAUUCUGUGCAUAAUAUUCCUGGCUUCUAUCGGAAAAUCGUUGGGCGUGCGUCGGCUAUAUGUGAACAUAUUACUCAAACUUUUCGAGUAUGGCCGCCAACACAUCGAAGUGGCAAAGAAGCUCCAGCGCAGCGACAGCUCGGACGACGAGGAGCCCCCGGUGCCGGACGACAAGCCGCCGUCCGCCAUCUUUAAAGAGAACGGCAUCAACGGCACGAAGAUGACAGUAAUAGAGCGAGAAGAGAUACUGGGUCCGUCGCCGGAGCUCAACUAUAAAAGAAGCACGAGCCAAGAGAGGGUUUCUAACGGUGUGCGGCCUGACACCACGGGGAAAGGGGAGGGGACGAAAGAGAACAACCUCGAGUUCCACCUGCACCACUGCAUGGACCUGGUGAAGGCCGGCAUGGAGUCCAUCAUCGAGGACCAGGUCACCUCCGUCUUCGAGGCCGAGGAGUUGAGGAGCUGGAACCUGCUCACCAGGACCAACAUGCAGUACGAGUUUCUGUCCUGGCGGCUGACCAUCAUCUGGAUGAUGGGGUUCGUGGUGCGGUACUUCUUCCUGCUGCCGCUGCGCAUCAUGAUCUUCGUCAUCGGGGUAUGGUGGCUGGUGCUGUGCACGGCGUGCGUAGGCACGCUACCGGACGGGCGUCUAAAACAACGUGUCAACUAUGGCGUCAGCAUCAUGUGCUUCAACUUCCUGUCACGCUGCAUCAGCGCUGUCAUCACAUACCACGAUGACAGCAACAAACCGAGGAGCGGCAUCUGUGUCGCUAAUCACACCAGCCCUAUAGACGCGUUGGUGCUUAUGUGCGAUAAUACGUACUCGCUGAUAGGACAGCGUCACGGCGGUUUCCUGGGUCUCCUACAGAGGGCGCUGGCUCGCGCCUCGCCGCACAUCUGGUUCGAGAGGUCCGAGGUGAAGGACCGCACCGCCGUGGCCAGGAGACUAAAAGAGCACAUCUCGGUCCCGGACAACCCCCCGAUCCUGAUAUUCCCGGAGGGGACCUGCAUCAACAACACGUCCGUGAUGCAGUUCAAGAAGGGCAGCUUCGAGGUCGGAGGCUGGAUCUACCCCGUCGCCAUUAAGUACGACCCCCGUUUCGGCGACGCGUUCUGGAAUAGUUCCCGCUACGGCAUGUUACACUACCUACUCAACAUGAUGUCCUCUUGGGCCAUAGUCUGCGACGUGUGGUAUUUACCCCCCAUGAGAAGGGGGGAGAGGGAAGAUGCGGUCGCGUUCGCCAACCGCGUGAAGGCUGCCGUGGCGGCACGAGGCGGACUUAUAGACCUGCAGUGGGACGGCCAACUGAAACGUAUGAAAGCGAAAAAAGAAUGGCGAGAAUUACAGCAAGAAGAAUUCAGCAAAAGGUUAAAAGGCGAAUGAAAAUACCUGGUUAAAGUAACAGGUAAAAAUACUUGGUAAAUACCAGCCGAUACCUGGAACAGGGAAAUGUACUGAGUGUUAACAGUGACUUGAAAGUGAGUGAGUUAUGAUUAUGACUAGUAUACGUUUUGUAUGGAAAAUAGUGGAAAUACCUGUUAGUAUUUUUUUAGUUACGCUUUAAGCGUAUUGUGUAUAUUUGAAGCCAUAUUGCU